CCUGUUCUCGCAGUGAAGGAUAGUUGCAGCUCAGUGCUCAAUCCAGCGGCUGUUUCGUAUCAAAGAUGGGGGACGAUCUGGGAGAUGAGUGGUGGGUUCACGGUGGAAAUUCAGGUAAAUCUGAUGAGGAGGUUAAAAAGAAGCCUCAGGGAAAGAGGAAGCCAGAGGAGGGGGAGGAGGAGGAGGAGCCUGUGAAGCAACAGAGACCCGUGAAGAAGAGGAAGAAUGAUGAAGAGGAGGAGCCUGUGAAGCCUGUGAAGCAACAGACACCCGUGAAGAAGAAGAAGAAGAAUGAUGCACAGAAAGAACCAGUGAAGGAGAAUAAGAAAAACACUGUGACCCAGAAAAAGAGCAAGCAAGUCAUCAAGCAAGAUAAAGAUGCAGGACAUGUGGAGGGAAGCAAGAAAAGGAAGAGAAAGAAGAAGACCAUCACAGAUGUGCUGGCAUCCUCAGAGGUGAAGGCGGGCGUUCCAGAGGACCUCCAGAAGGUUCUCCAGGCCCAUCUGAGCUCCACACGCUCCGUCAUCGAGCAGGAGGAGCUCGUGCUGCAGGACUCAAGUUUCCUGACCUGCAAUGAUCUCACACACACCCUGUCGUCCUACAUGAAGCAAGUGUGUCCUAAGUGGGCUAAAGUACAGAAGCGACACACAGUGAAGCAGUCGCUCGUCAUCCUCAUCGCCUGCAGCUCUGCCCUCAGAGCCCUGGAGCUCAUGAAGCAGUUGGUUGCAUUCAAAGGAGAAGCCAAAAUACUGAAGCUCUUUGCCAGACAUAUAAAGGUGGAGAAGCAGAUCCAGUUGCUGAGCAACAUUGUGGCACACAUUGGAGUGGGGACUCCUGCCAGAAUCACCGAACUCAUACAAAAAGAUGGUCUGAGUCUAGAGGCUGUGAAGUACCUGAUUCUGGACUGGAAUUGGAGAGACCAGAAAUGCAGGAGGAUGGUGGACGUACCAGAGGUGAAAGUAGAAAUGUUUAAAUUGCUGGAAUCUGGAAUUCUGCCGCGCUGUCGAGAUGGAGAUACGAAGAUUGGACUCUUUUGAUAAUACACACACACACAUAAACAGACACACACAUACACACACACACACGCACACACGCAUGUAUGAUAUUCUCAGUUCAUGAACACAUUUGAAUGGUGUGCAGCUCUGUUCAUGUAUUAAAUGCAUUUGUACUUUUUUGCUAAAUAUCUGUGGACAUCCUUCACUAUUGUUCUCUGUUCUUGACUGUUCUUUAUGAAUAAUAGAAGACAGACACACACACACACACACACACUCUCACACACACUCACACACGUGUGGAGUAUGUUGUAUAUAAACACUGAGAACUUUUCUUUACAUAAAUGUCUGUGAUUGGA